AUGGCCCACAGCCCAUGGCCCAUGGCCCAUGGCCCAUGCCUGUCCCCCCUGCGCCCUGGUCACGCCCUAGCAGCAGUGCCGACCUACGCCGCAGACGAUCUUCGGCGGCAGUCUCAGCAUCGAAAUGUGCAUCAGGAGGCAGGAGGCAGGAGGCAGCACUCGGGACUCCACGACCAGUGUGCUCAGAGCUCGCCUGCGGAUACGGAUACGGAUACAUGCAGAGACACGGCGCGAGCAGCAACAGCAACAGUAUCGUGUGCAGCGUCCACAUUCCUGCGUGCCCGUGUCUGCACUCGCGGUUUCGCAGCAGCACGCGGAGACAAAGGCGCCCACAGCCUCUUUGUCUCUGUGCCUCGCGCACUGUGCCUCUUGCAUGACGCAGACAGCUGUCCCGUCUGCAUUGCGCUCCCAAAGCGUCGACGCGGUAUCACCACAGCACCGCGGACAGGCCAAGCACCCUCGCCCUCCUCCUUGCACCAGCGACACAGCUAG